AUGGACGCUGGCGCGCCCGAAAAAAUGGACGGGUGGGCGCCGGGGAAUGGCAAUGGGCUGUCCAGCGACCUCAACCAGCGAUUCUCCACGGCCAUAAUGAACUUCAACGCCGAGCUAUCGGGCUGCAGGACGGGCGCCCUCGUGCAGGUCUGGAUGCCCGAGAUGUGCCGCGACGGGAGCAUGGUCCUCCAAACAAGGGGCCUGCCCUUCUCCAUCUCCGGCGUGGGCGACCUUCUGGCGCUCUUUCGCUGCGUCUCUUGCCGCUACCGCUUCGCCACGGACGUGUCCAAGCCUCACCUCAUGGGCGUCAUUGGCCGGGUCUUCUCCAGCGGGCAGCCGGAGCUGUGCUACGACGUCCAGCGCUACGAUCGCAACGUGUACCUGCGGGCCAGCGAGGCGCAGCGCUGCCGCGUGCACUCCACGAUGGUCACGCCCGUGUACACGAGCGCGGAGAGGGAGGGUGCCGUGUCGGUGGUGGAGGUGUCGCACCACGACAAAGACGUGAAGUUCCCCGAAAUCAUCAACCGCCUGUCCAGCUGCCUGGAGAGCGUGCAGUUGUACAUGGCCGAGAUGGACAUCAACAAUGUGCCGAUCGGCCUGCGCAACUGGGCAGUGGACGUUGGGCAGAUGGCCAGGGAGACGGUCGUCAAGGCAGAGUCUGAAUUUGGCCGUGAGGGCGAUGGUGCGCCUGCAGGGUUCGAUCCGACAGUGUGGGCUCCAGAUGGGAACCAGCAGGAAACAGGCAUGGAUGGGCAUACUGGAUCGCAGAUGGGAUGGACUGCCCCAUCAAGGUCCAUCCCACCUCGAGGACAGUCAUUGCCAUAUGGCUCUUCUGCUCCUGGCAUCAGGAUCCCACCCAGAGGGGAGUUUGUGUCCAGAAGUGCUUCAGGACCCAUUCCGAGGCCCGUCCUUCCAGUCAGGAGUGGCUACGUGUGCAGAAGCCAUUCAGGACCGUUGACACGUCCAAGCAACUUGCAGGGCAUGCCUAGCACUGGUCAGGGUAUCCUCAAUGCGGACUGGGCACCUGGAACUGGCAGCCCACAGGGGGGCUUCUCUGUGUGCCAGUCUAUGGCGCCACAGCCUGCAGCAUUGCCACCUAUUGGCAAUGUUAUGGAUCAAGACCCAACAUCCACAGGACUGGAAGUUUUCAACAGCCCACCUCCAGCAUCUUCUCCAUUACCGAGCAUCGAUGUGCCACCCCAGCCAGAGCUGUAUUCCAGCGAAUCGGAUUUCUCAGAUGAUGAUGAAGGCGAAGAUGCUGACAACGAGAAGAAUGGCACAUCGCAAACACGGGGCACGAAGCUGGAGGCCGAUGCUGAUGGCAAGCAGUUGGACAAGACUGGGUCGUCUGGUCAAGGCACCAAGAAUGACAACCGGCUGGGUGGGGGAGCAGGGAAGCGACUAACCUUCAAAGACCUGCAGGGAUGCUUUGGUGUUGGGCUAAAGGAGGCCGCAGCACAGCUGGGCAUCUGCCCAACGACCUUGAAGCGAGCCUGCCGAAGGAAUGGCAUCUCGCGCUGGCCUUCGAGGCAGAUCUCAAAACUCAGCAAAGCGUGGCACCAGAUGGGAUAUCAAGGGUCGCCACCAUCAUGGCUGGUGCGGAAGGCGAUUACUGGGAACCUGAAGUGCGACAAUCUGGUGUUCUCCCUAAAUGCAGGAUUGCAUCUUGGAUUGAUACAAGCAGGCGCCACACAGCCAUCAGCGGGCCCUCGGCCGCCACAGGGCUGGAAUGUUGUGAACAGGCAGCGUACUGUGCCUGUUCCAUCAGCCACAGUGCUACCAGGAGAAGCUGACCUGCAGAUGGGGCAGCAGGCUUGCCAGUUGGGACCUUCAGCAUGCCAGUUGCCUCCCUUGCCCACAGACCAGCCGGACUUCUUCGACGAGAUGGCUGGAAUUUUGCAGGAACCAACAGGCACUCCAGUGUGGCAAUGCCCCAGGCCUGCCACUGGCUCACUGCAGGCUCUCAACCCUGAACAUGAAGCACGCCGUGUGUUCCGAUCCAACUGCACUUAUGGGACGCAGUCCUUCCAGACCGGGUCACCUGAUUUCGGGGGAGGUGACUCCAGGCAGCACCAGGGGAAGGAACAGCUGAUCCCAGUGCCUGUGUUGACAGCUUUUGAUGGUCUAGGGGACAGUUUUGCAACAGACGUCGGUUUUGCAAACGCGCUGAGCAGGGUGGCGAUGGAAAACGCUGCAUUCAGUGCGGUGGAAGGGAGUGCAGGCGCCAACGAAAUCGGGAUUACCAGCGGCCUCUUUUAA